AUGAAUGAAGAAAUAUCUAAAAGACUAUUUCCAUAUGAUUCAAAAUAUUUUAAAGGAAUUUUUGAUAGAUAUAUAAAUGAUGAUGAUGAUUAUAGGAAAUAUUUAAAAGCUCUUCAGAGCUCUCAAAAUUUGAUGGAAGAAAUUGUUAGUAAAGGAACUGGACUUAAUUUUUAUAUAGAAGAUAAUUUGAAUUAUAAUUUUUUAAAGGAAUGUAAAUUGCCAUUUUUUAAAAAGUUGCUAAAAAUAUUGCAAGAAAAUAAUAAUGAAAAAGAGAGUGAAAACGAGAGUGAAAACGAGAAUGAAAAAGAGAGUGAAAAAAAAAUAAAUGAAGAUAAUGCGAGUGUAAAAUUUAAUGAACUUGAUGAAAAUGAAAUAAAGGUAAAAGAUCAAGAAAAUUGUAACUUAGAAAAAAUAAAUAGUGUACCAUUGAAAUCCAAUUUUAAUAAAAAGACAAGUAGUAAUGAUACAGCUAGCCAAACUAUAAAAGCUCAAGAUUUAUUUAUAUUUAAUAAAAAAAUUAAUAUGAUCAAUAAUUAUAGAAUUUAUAGAUAUUGUUCAAAUAUAAUUCAAUCAUUACCUUCACUUACUUAUAUGUCUGUAAUCAAAAUAUAUUUUACAAAUUACCCGUUAAAGAUAUUUUUAUCCUGUAUUUAUUUCUACACAUUUGUGACAUACAUAUGCGGUCGCAACAAUUUGAUAGAAUUUUUGGAAUCACUUCUAUUUCUGGUAUUAGUGACGGCUGGCUGUUUUUGUCUCGCUUGGGCGCAUUACAUAAAAGAGAACCGGAUUAACAGAAUAACAUCCAAACUCAAUGAUUUUAAAGAAAAUUAUGUAGGUCGUAAUUUUUUAAAAAGUCGAAAAGAAAAAAAAGAACCUAAGCAAUUUCAAUUUGAAAACAAAAAAACAAUUGAAAUAAAAAAGUAUUCGAAAUAUUUUUUUUUAAAAAGUUUUUUAACUCGAAUAAAUGAAGAACUAUAUGAUUAUGAGACACGUAAAAAUGGAAAUUUUUCAUAUUAUAUGAAAGAAUAUUAUAAAGGAGACCAUAAAAUAAAAAGUUUAUCAAUAAAUAAAAACAAUGAUUUAAACAUGAUUAAAGAAAAUAAUGAAGCAACAUCAACUAAUACUGAUUCGGGUGAUAUAUAUAAAAAUAAGAAAAAAUUAAUAAAUGGAAAAACAGAUGAUAUUGAAACAAAAUAUUAUUUAAGCAUGUGCAACGAUACGAGUAGUAGUGUCUGUAAUUUUGAAUUAAAUAUAGGAGAUAAUGUAGAAGGAGAAAAAGAAAAUGAGCUAUUAAAUUAUAUACUGUUCGAAAAUAAUAUAUAUAGAAUUAGUAGGAAAAAUUUACUAGUAGGGGAUAUUAUAUAUUUGUCUAAAGGAAGUAUGAUACCAGCAGAUGGGAUAUUAAUACAAUGCAACAAUAUGAUGGUAGAUGAAUCAAACAUAUUCAAAUAUAAUGCAAAAAGAUAUGUAAAAAAAAUGAGUAUAGACAAAUAUAUAUAUGAGAUGGAUAAGUUAAGAAAAACAAAUAUGGAUGAAUUAGAAAAUGAUAUAACAAAAUUAGAAAAAGAUAAAAAAUUAAGUUACUUUCAAAUAUUAAAUUCAAAAAUUAGAAACCAAUUUAAAAAAUAUAGUGAUUUUAAUAAUAGAAAAAAAAGGAAUGUUUAUCCAAAAUUAGAAGAUAUGUAUAAUGAUGAUAAAGAGUCAGAUGAUGAAGAUAAUAGAGAAACACGUUUUACCGAAAUAAAUGGAAAAAUAAUUCAAGUUAGUAAUUUAAAUGAAGAAUAUAAUAAUAAUAUAAAAUCUGAUUAUUCCUAUUUUAAUAUUUAUGAAUAUUCUCCAUUAUUACUUUCUGAAUCGGUUGUUACUGAAGGUACAGGAAUAAUGAUAGCAACUUGUGUUAGUAAAAAUAAACAAAUGUUUCAUAACUCUAUUAAAAAGAUAGAAGAAAAUACAAACCUUGAAAUAAUAAUAAAUAGCUAUUCAAAAAAUGUUGUUAUAUUAAUAUUAUUUUAUUGCUCUUUAUGUAUACUUUUUAUAUUUAUCCAUUUUUUGAUAAGCUUGAUUGAAAAUAAUAUGCAAACAUAUCCUUACAACUUAUUAAUGUUUUUAUUAAAUAUUAUUAUAAUUGAAAUUUUAAAAUAUUUAUUAUUAUCAAUCGAUAAUAUGCCAUUGUUAUUACAAAACUGUAUAGCUAUAAAUUAUAAAGAAAUAAUGGAUGAAUGUUAUAUAAUUAAAAGUAAAAAUAUAUUUGAAAAAGUUUUACAGACAAAUUCUAUUUUUAUAGAUAUUAAUAAGUAUAUUAAUUAUAAAUGUGUUUUAUUUUUUUUUAAUACUGAAUAUUUUGUUUCUUUCGAUAUGAAUAUUAUAUCUUCUCAAAUGAAAUUUCAAGACAAUAUCAAAUCAUAUACAGAGUUUGUAGAAAAGGAGGAGGAUCAAGGAAUAUGCUCAAGUUUAUUUUUUUCAUUAUUAAUUCAAACUAUUUUAGCUACUAGUAAUUUAUAUAGCUAUAACGAAGAUUUUAUGGAAAUUGAUUUAUCAUUACUUGAUUGUAUAAGCUCAUUAAGAUUAAAUAUUUCAAAUUAUUUUAUUAAAAAAAAUAAUAUUCUUACCAUUAUGUCAAAUAAAAACGAUUAUGUAAUAUCUUUUGUUUUUUCGGACCAGUCUUAUAUUAAUAAAGAAAACAAUUCGAGAGCUAACAAAAAAAAUAAUUAUAAGGAAAAUGAAUUAAAAAAUAAAUCAAGUGUGUUGAGAGUAUUUAUAAGAGGGAAGGCACACAUGAUAUUGCCAAAAUGCAGUCAGUACCUCGACGGACAGUCUUUUUCAAAGGACAUAGACAAGCUUGCAGAAAAGGCUAACCAACUUGAGGAGAGCAAAUAUGACCUAACAGUUUGCUUUGCAUACAAAGAAAUAAUAAUAGGAGAAAAAGAAAAAGAGGAAUUAUUUUCCUAUAGAGAAAAUAAUGAAUAUAAUUUUGGAAAUAUAGAAAUGAAUAAUAAUAAUAAUAAUAUGAGCAGUACAUAUUUAAAAUAUGCAGAAAUGAAUGAUUUUACAUGUAUUUCAAUUUUUGUUUUUGAAAAAGCUAUUAGUAAUCGAUUUUAUGUUGAUUAUAAAAUAAUGGAAUCAAAUAAUUUACAUAUAAAAUUAUUUACAAAAUAUGAUGUCGAAAAAAUUAAAAAGAUAUUUAAUAAUUAUCCUGAUUUUAUUUCAAAAUUAAAAUUUUAUGACACUGAGUCUAUGGCCAAAGUAGACAAAUCAAGAUUUAUGUAUGGAGGUGAUAUAGAUAGUAAUACGAAUAUGAGAAUAGGAAAAAAUAAUAAUGAAAAAUAUAAUAGUGAAAAAUAUAAUAGUAAUAGACAUUAUAUUAAUAAAAUGGAAAUAACUGAACAACGACGUAAAGAUAUUUAUGUAGAAAAUCGAACCGAAAUAAAAGACAUGAAUAUUACAAAAAGUAUUUUAAAUGAAAAAAAUGAAAGUGAAAGAUAUAAUUUAAAAUAUAGUUGUAAUAGUAGUUUAGUACAAACAUUUAUAAAUAAUGAGAGUAUGAAAGAAUAUUCAUUUUUUUUAAAUAAUAAUGUAUUUUGCAAUUGUUCAAAAAGUAAGUUAUUAGAUUUAUUAUAUUUAUCAAAAUCAUAUGGAAGAACAAAUUGUGUUGUAACAAACAAUAAUGAUUACCUUGUGAAAGAUAAAGAAUUAUGUAAUAUAAAAGUUUGUGAUAUAAGAAGUAAUGAUAUUGUAAAAAAUAAAAGUGAUAUUAUAUUAUUAAAUAGAAGUUUGUAUGAUUAUAUUAAAUUAAAAUACUUUUCAAAUUCAAUGUUAAUGAAUAUAAAAUUAUUUAUAGAAUAUAAUAUAUGUUUAUAUGUAUGUAUUGUUAUGUUUUCAAUUAUAUCAACUUUUAUAAAUGGUCUAGAGUUUUUAACUACAGUUCAGAUAUUAUAUAUAUAUAUAAUUAAAAAUAUUAUAUUUCAUUAUAUUUCAUGUUAUAGAAAAAGUAAUUAUUGUGUUGGAAAAAGGCGUUGCAAAAAUGCUAACUAUUCUUAUAGUGUAUUUAGUAAAAAGGAAAUAAAUAAUUUAAUGUCAUCUAUAGCUUCAAAGUUAAUACUUUUAAUGAUAAUAUUUUUGUUUGGUCAUAUUUUUAUACCUGAAGUUUCUUGGGAUUUUGUAAAUCCUGAUGUACGAGAAUUUUUUGAAUUUUCAGAAUUUUCAUUUUCAAACAAUCAACCAAAAAUGUUUUAUUACAACACAAUUAGAUCAUGUAUACGUUUUAAAAAGAAUUUAGAAAAUAUAAAAAUUGCAAAUAAUAUUAAUAUAAAAAAUGAUUAUAGAACAAUAGAAGAAUGGGAGCAUCAUAUAAGUCCUAAUAGACAUGCCACCAUCAUUUUUAAUGUCUUUUUUCUUUUUUUUUUCUUUUCAUAUAUAUAUAUUUAUAUUAAAACAUUCUUAGCUGAGAUUGAUAUGUAUUGUGAACAGAUUAAAAAAAAUAAAAAAGAAAAUCAUAAAUAUCUCUCUUUAUUAAAAAAUAAAACAUUAUCAAAGGAUAUAAAUAAUUUGAUCAAAGAAUUUAAGUUUGAUGAAGACAAUGUUAAAACUGCUAAUGAAACACAAUUAUUAAACACUGAUGAAAAUUAUCAAAAAAUAUAUUGUGGUGAUGAUUCAUGUAAUUGUUAUGACGCGAAUAAUAAUGACAAAAAUGUGUCUGAACGGAAUAUAACGGAGCAACAUACUGAUUAUAAACAAAAUAAUGAUACAGAUAUGGAAAGAGGGUCAUUAUAUAAUUUUAAAAAUUUUAUUAAAGAAAAAGUUAGUUAUGUUGAUAUUAAUAAAAGGAAAAUGCUAUUUGAUUGCCUUAUUGUAAAUUAUAAAACAUUUUUAGCUUUUAUAAUUUUAUUACUAUUACAUAUUAUUAUAAUACAAUAUGGAUCCUUCGUAUUUAAUUUUCAUGUAAAGGGAUUAACUUUAGCUCAAUGGGGUAUUUGCUUUUUAUUUUGUAUCUUAGACUUUGUACUUUACAAUAUUAUAUCAUUUAUUAGCCUAUUCAGCAUAUCUUCUAAUUUUAUCAAAAGCUUUCAAAAUCUACACGAGCCUCAGAAACGAACAAUGUUUGACACGAUGAAUGAUUACAAAAGAAGUUCUCUAUCCCAAAGAUAUAAAUACGAUAGGAAAAUAUAA